UCAAUGGGCCGUUUCAUUUUUCAAGUUAUUUCUGUCGCUACGGACCAAAUAUCUUUUCUCUUAAGUCGCCGCCUGCCUGGCGACGCUGCAAGAUCCCCCCUCCCCCAAACGGUAUAUUUCUGUCUAAACCCCGAAUCUUCCUCUCUCUCUCUCUCUCUUCCUUUUUCCUUCUGUGUGUGGGAUUGCGGAGCCCUCCCUGAGAUUUUCUUUCUCCUUCAUCUCAUGUUUUCAACCAUUUCAGCCCCUCGCAGUUUUCUCUCUGAAUUCUGAAACUUGCUCUCACUCAGUCACAAUCACAAACACUAAACCGGCGCUUGUAUUUGUAGCUUGUUCUCUCUUGUUCCUCUUCUCUCCUGUAUUUCUGGUUUGUUGGGAGAACUAUUUCUUAUUCUUCUGUGAUGAACACUUCCAUGAACUGAUGAAUCCAGUUCUCAUCACCUCCUCAACGCAGAAAACCAGGCAACCUCCUGGGGUAGCUCAAGAACUCAGUAAUGUCUUCGAUCUUGGGUUUAGAUUGGGUAAUUUUGAUUUUGGUUCCAGUUUGCAUUACUUGGGUUCCGAUGGGUGCUCCUCCUCCUUGUCGAAUUCCAUGUUCUCUGUUGGAUUUGGGGGUUUGAAGAAGCCCAAGGUGGUUGGCUCAUUGCGUUCGAGUCGUGGAAGUGCUUCGAGUAUUGGGAGAAUUUUCAGCGACUUCAAUACGGCUAUUAGGUUUCAUUGUGACAGAAUCCCAAUUGGGUUUGCUUCGAUUCAGCUUGGUACGGGUGAAAAUAACGGGCUCAGAGAAAAUGGAUAUGGUGUUUUGGAGGAUGAGGGGUCGACUUUGAAUGCUGUUGAGUCUGAGAACCCGAAGAGAGUCCUCAUUUUGAUGACCGACACUGGUGGUGGUCACCGAGCUUCUGCGGAAGCGAUUAAGGCAGCCUUUAAUGAAGAGUUCGGAGAUAAGUAUAAGGUAUCUGUUACUGACCUGUGGACGGAACAUACCCCUUGGCCAUUUAAUCAAUUGCCGAGGAGCUACAACUUCUUGGUGAAACAUGGAACACUGUGGAAAAUGACGUAUUAUGGAACUGCACCUCGUGUGGUUCAUCAUACCAACUUUGCUGCAUCUUCAGCAAUAGUAGCUCGAGAGGUUGCCAAAGGAUUGAUGAAAUACCAGCCAGAUAUAAUUAUCAGCGUUCAUCCUCUGAUGCAACAUGUACCACUCCGUGUAUUGAGGUCAAAAGGUCUUCUGAAGAAGAUCGUAUUUACAACGGUGGUCACAGAUUUAUGCACUUGCCAUCCUACAUGGUUUCAUAAGCUUGUAACAAGGUGCUAUUGCCCAACAACAGAUGUAGCAAAGAGGGCAGUCAAAGCUGGAUUACAACCGGCCCAGAUCAAAGUUUUUGGUCUUCCUGUGCGGCCUUCAUUUAUUAAGCCUGUUCGACCGAAGGAUGAAUUAAGGAAGGAACUAGGAAUGGAUGAGGAUCUUCCUGCUGUGUUAUUGAUGGGCGGAGGGGAAGGAAUGGGUCCCAUUGAAUCUACAGCAAGGGCACUUGGGAAUGCAUUAUAUGAUGAGAAUCUUGGGGAGCCCAUAGGUCAGAUCCUUGUGAUAUGUGGCCACAACAAAAAGCUUGCAAACAAAUUGCGUUCAAUUAAUUGGAAAGUCCCUGUCCAGAUAUGCUUAUUGCCCUCCUCUUGUGUUUCAUAUUGGGCUCUUUUUUCAAAACAACAAAGAGAAAAGUGCAACUCGUUGAACCAGGUGAAGGGAUUUGUCACUAAAAUGGAAGAAUGCAUGGGUUCAUGUGAUUGCAUUAUUACAAAGGCGGGCCCUGGAACUAUUGCAGAAGCCAUGAUUCGAGGGCUGCCUAUAAUUCUCAAUGAUUUCAUUGCCGGGCAGGAAGCUGGGAAUGUGCCAUUCGUGGUGGAAAAUGGAUGUGGGAAGUUCUCAAAGUCACCAAAAGAGAUAGCAAAUAUUGUUGCACAGUGGUUCGGUCCAAAAGCAGAUGAGUUGAAGGCCAUGUCACAAAACGCAUUGAGGCUGGCAAGACCAGAUGCUGUGUUUAAAAUUGUUCAUGAUCUCCAUUCACUGGUUAGACAAAGGAGCUUUGUACCCCAGCUCUCUUGUACCAUUUGAAUCCAAUUUUGGUUUGGAUCUUCAAAGAAUGUGCUUCAUUCUGCCCCCAAUUUUAAUGCCUCAUUAUAUAUGACGGUCCUGCGGGAAAAAGAAAUGUAUCAUUUUGGUUUUCCUGUUUUCAUUUUUGCAAUACAAAUAAUGACCCUUCCUGUAAGGAAAAUAUCUGCAGCAGAGCAAUGAAGUUGUAUAAAAGAGGUACAAAAGGAAAGACUAUACCGUGUUUUGGCAAUGAAUGGAUGGAUUUGUGGAGGCAA